UAGUAAAAUUUGGCUGUAUUUUGUGUGAGAAUAAGAUCAAAGAUAAAUUUUCCAACCUUAAUAUUGUAAGAAUCCCACGUCAAUUUGACCACUUUCUAUCAAACCCACACACGGCGCUCUUCGGAAAGAUCGCACCAAUACCAUCAAGGCGCUUCCGGCGAGGCCGUCCGCAGAAAGAGAGCGCGAGAGCAAGCACGCGGGAGAGCAGAGCAGCACAAAUGGAGGAGAGAAAAUCGGGUCGACUUGUGCUCGGCUCGUCAAGCUCGGCCAUUCGCUGCCAACCAAGCAACCCGUUUAAACGUUCUGCCGCGUUGUUUGACGUUCAACGUCGUUCGUUCGAGCAAAGCCAACUUUAACACUCCGGGCGAGGACGAUCUUCUGGAGCAGAUUCAACACGGCCCGCACGCGCACCCGAAAAUCCACGGACGGGGGAAGACACGCGGCGGGAGGCCGCGAGGAACUGGCGCGCGGUGGCCGGACCUGGUUCGGAGGCCGCGGCGCAGGAUGGUGACGGAGAAUCGCUGGAGCGACGGUGUGCGAGGAAGAAAAGAAGAACAAUCAAGAAAAGUGCUACUACGAUCGCACCAAUACCAUCAAGGCGCUUCCGGCGAGGCCGUCCGCAGAAAGAGAGCGCGAGAGCAAGCACGCGGGAGAGCAGAGCAGCACAAAUGGAGGAGAGAAAAUCGGGUCGACUUGUGCUCGGCUCGUCAAGCUCGGCCAUUCGCUGCCAACCAAGCAACCCGUUUAAACGUUCUGCCGCGUUGUUUGACGUUCAACGUCGUUCGUUCGAGCAAAGCCAACUUUAACACUCCGGGCGAGGACGAUCUUCUGGAGCAGAUUCAACACGGCCCGCACGCGCACCCGAAAAUCCACGGACGGGGGAAGACACGCGGCGGGAGGCCGCGAGGAACUGGCGCGCGGUGGCCGGACCUGGUUCGGAGGCCGCGGCGCAGGAUGGUGACGGAGAAUCGCUGGAGCGACGGUGUGCGAGGAAGAAAAGAAGAACAAUCAAGAAAAGUGCUACUACGGUAGGAAGAAGAACAAUGUGAGAAAGGGAAGAAGCACGGUCGAGGUCAAGGGCAAAAAUACGUUGGGCGAAUAAAUGAUUAAUAAUUACUAAA